GCCACGCCAUUCCACGCUCCUCGGUUCUUGGCCGGCCCGCCCGAUCCGAUCCCCAGCCCAGCCAUGGCGCUCCACCUCGUCCCCGCUCCAAGCAUUGCCCUCCUCGCCGCGCCGGGCGGCGCCAGGGCCGGAUCAGUGGCCCCGCGGCCGGCUUCUUGGGUUCACGCCGCCUCCUCCUCCUCUUCGAGCACGCGUAGGAGGAGGAGGAGGCUGGGCGUCGCGCUGGCUAUGGCGGGCGGGGAGAAGGAGGAGGAGGAGCCCACGGCCUCUGCGGCGGCGGCUGGGGGCAGGAUGAACCUCAACGAGUACAUGGUCGCCGUCGACCGCCCGCUCGGCCUCCGCUUCGCGCUUGCCGUCGACGGCCGCGUCUUCGUGCACUCCCUCAAGCGCGGGGGGAAUGCGGAGAAGUCACGGAUUAUAAUGGUUGGGGAUACGCUCAAGAAGGCAGGCAAUGGCCAGAAUGAGGGGCUCCUUAACAUCAAAGACCUAGGUGACACGGAGUUGGCGCUAAAGGACAAGUCGGGACCAUGCAAUCUUAUCCUUGAAAGGCCAUUUGCUCCUUAUCCAAUACAUCAGUUGCAUCAGAAUGAAGAUUAUCAUAUCCUAUUUAAUAGAGGGAGGGUUUCUCUAGCUGCCUGGAAUAGUGCUUUGUUGUCCUCAAAGCUCAGUGCCUCUUCUCCAGGGAAUGGGAACUCUGGAUUUGCUAUAUUUUCCCCAAGGCUGCUAAGUUCUCAUGGAUGGGCGCUUUUAUCUAGUGAGAAAGAUGGACUCAAUAGGAGGAGCACCAACCUUGCAAAUCGGAUAACUGAGAUUGUUGGAUUCUACUCUGAUGAGGAUGAUAUGGAUGCUGAAUGGGCACAUGGUAGUUUUCCUUUGGAGGAGUACAUUAAAGCCCUAGACCGUGCUAAGGGCGAACUCUACUAUAAUCAUUCACUUGGUAUGCAAUACAGCAAGAUUACUGAACAAAUAUUUGUUGGAUCAUGCAUACAAACAGAAAAGGAUGUGAAGAUGUUGUCAGAAACUGUGGGUAUUACUGCUGUCCUGAAUUUCCAAAGUGAAAGUGAGCGCACUAAUUGGGGAAUCAAUUCCGAGGCGAUCAACAAUUCUUGUCGUCAGAAUAACAUCUUGAUGAUUAACUAUCCUAUACGAGAGGUUGAUUCCAUGGACCUGAGAAAGAAGCUUCCUUUUUGUGUUGGUCUUCUUUUGCGCCUUAUAAGGAAGAACUACCGUAUAUAUGUGACUUGUACCACUGGAUAUGAUAGAUCACCAGCAUGUGUGAUUGCAUAUCUACAUUGGGUUCAAGAUACACCGCUUCACAUUGCUUACAAGUUUAUCACUGGGUUGCACUCGUGUAGACCUGACAGAGCUGCAAUUGUUUGGGCAACUUGGGAUCUCAUUGCCUUAGUUGAAAAUGGAAAACAUGAUGGUACUCCUACACAUUCAGUGUGCUUUGUUUGGAACAGCGGUCGGGAGGGCGAGGAUGUGGAAUUGGUGGGAGACUUUACAAGUAACUGGAAAGACAAAUUGAAGUGUAACCACCAGGGCGGGUCCAGAUAUGAAGCUGAAGUUCGACUUCGACAUGGAAAGUACUAUUACAAGUUCAUAGUUGGGGGUAACUGGAGGCACUCUACUUCAUUGCCAUCAGAGACAGAUGAACAUGGAAACGUCAACAACGUGAUCAGAGUUGGUGAUAUCGCCCGGAUUCGUCCGGCUCCUAGCCAAUUGCAGAUAAGGGAUCCAUCUGUUGUCAAGGUCAUAGAGAGGGCACUGACUGAGGACGAGAGGUUUUCACUGGCAUUUGCAGCACGCCGCAUGGCAUUUGCAAUCUGCCCAAUCAGAUUGUCUCCCAAGCAGUAAAUAUGUCACUAAAUCCCAACCGAAUUCCCGAUGGAGAAUUGGAAAUUCUGUAGUUAGCUACAUAGAACACAGAGCAAUCUCCCUGUAUUGUAUGUUUCUUCGAAUCAAACUGCACACCUAUCAGUGGUUCGGCGCAAUGUAUACCCUCUAUGAGAAAUGAACUUUACUGUAGCCUAUUUGAUACA